AUGGGGCCGGAGCGGGGCGUGGAUGGCGGUCAAUGUCCUGGAGCGGGGCGGGGACAGCGGUCAGUGUCUCAAAGUGGGAUGGGGACGGCAGUCAGUGGGGCCGGAGUAGGCCGGGGACAGCGAUCAAUGUCCCGGAGCGGGGUGGGUCAGCGAUCAGUGGGGCCGGAGCGUGGUGGGACUGUGGUCAGUGUCCCGGAGCAGGGCAGGGACGGCGAUCAGUGUCCUGGAGCAGGGCGGGGACAGCGGUCAGUUUCCCAGAGUGGGGCGGGGACAGCAGUCAGUGUCCCGGAGCUGGGUGGGUCAGUGGUCAGUGUCCUGGAGCGGGGUGGGACUGUGGUCAGUGUCCCGGAGCAGGGCGGGGCCAGCGGUCAGUGUCCCGGAGCAGGUGGGGACAGCAGUCAGUGUCCCGGAGCUGGGUGGGUCAGUGGUCAGUGUCCUGGAGCGGGGUGGGACUGUGGUCAGUGUCCCGGAGCAGGGCGGGGCCAGCGGUCAGUGUCCCGGAGCGGGGCGGGGACAGCAGUCAGUGUCCCGGAGCUGGGUGGGUCAGUGGUCAGUGUCCUGGAGCGGGGUGGGACUGUGGUCAGUGUCGCGGAGCAGGGCGGGUCCAGCGGUCAGUGUACCGGAGUGGGGUGGGGACGGCGGUCAGUGGGGCCGGAGCAGGGCGGGGCCAGCGGUCAGUGUCCCGGAGCGGGGUGGGGACGGCGGUCAGUGGGGCCGGAGCAGGGCGGGUCCAGCGGUCACUGUCCCGGAGCGGAGUGGGGACGGCGGUCAGUGGGGCCGGAGCAGGGCGGGGCCAGCGGUCAGUGUCCCGGAGCGGGGUGGGGACGGCGGUCAGUGGGGCCGGAACAGGGCGGGGCCAGCGGUCAGUGUCCCGGAGUGGGGUGGGGACAGCAGUCAGUGGUGCCGGAGCGGGGUGGGGACUGUGUUCUGUGGGGCCGGAGCGGUGCGGGGAUGGCAGUCAGUGUCUCAGAGUGGGGUGGGGAUGGCGGUCAGUGGGGCCGGAGUAGGGCGGGGACAGCGAUCAAUGUCCCGGAGCGGGGCGGGGACAGCAGUCAGUGUCCCGGAGCGGGGUGGGGACAGCGGUCAGUGUCCCGGAGCGGGGUGGGUCAGCGGUCAGUGUCCCGGAACGGGGUGGGACUGUGGCCAGUGUCCCGGAGCGGGGUGGGGACAGCAGUCAGUUCCCGGAGUGGGGUGGGGACAGCGGUCAGUGUCCCGGAGCGGGGAGGGGACAGCAGUCAGUUCCCGGAGUGGGGUGGGGACAGCGGUCAGUGUCCCGGAGCGGGGAGGGGACAGCGGUCAGUGGGGCCGGACCAAGGUGGGGACAUCGAUCACUGGGACCAGAGCGGGGUGGGGAUGGCAGCCAGUGUCCCGGAGCGGGGUGGGGAUGGCGGUUAG